AUGAAGCUCACUAGAUUAACUGAUCCAGAUAAGAUUGAUUUCACCAGAGAAUUGAACGGUGAUGUGUGGAAAGGUCACUUAUCGGUACCCGAUUAUCAAUUCCGUGAUAGGUUAUUAGCAAAAUCGCCAAUGUGUCAAGAUAUGAGAAUCUAUGUGGUUACUGAAUCAGAAGACAUCAACUCAACCGACGAUAUCAUGAGUUCAGUGGAGAUAAUCAUCCGUGAUGGGUAUAAGUAUAAUUCUAAGGAUGGUAAGGUUGAAAAAACACUCGUCAAGAAUGGUUGCAUUGGAGGAGUUUUCACAAAUCCUAAAUUUAGAGGAAAAGGUAUAGCCAAGUUCAUGAUAGAUGAAUUGAACAAGAUAUGUGAUGAAGAAGAUUUGGAAUUCGUCAUCUUAUAUUCAGAAGUUGGUGAUUAUUACAGUAGAUGUGGCUAUGAAUCUUUCCAUGUACCUAUUAGAACGAGAUAUAUAGAUGAUUAUGAAGCCAAAAUCUUCAAUGGUUCAGAGAAGUACAGUGUAGAUGGAUUUGAUGUUGAAUUGAUUGAUUACCAAGGCUUCAAAGAAGUGAUGGACUUACAUAACGAAGAAGAAGACAAGAGAAUUAUGGCCAUGAAUGAUGGGAAAAGUAGAGUUGUGUUCGCUCCUAGUGAAGAAGUAGUUAAUUGGUUCCAUUUAAGAAUCAAGUAUUUUUGCUACAAUCUAGUUUCAUCCCCAGAAGCAUUGAAGACCAAAGCUUUUGAUGAUAUAAUUGAAGAAUUCACUUCAUAUGAACCAAAAAAGUUAGGUAUCAAAGUAUCAAAAAAUGGUGAAUUAUUAGGAUACGUAAUUUGGACCUUUGAACUUAAAAUGGAAGAAGAACCCAUAUUCUCUUGUAAAAUCUUACAUAUGUUCAGUAAAGGCUCAUCCAAAACCAGAUCAGGAUCCGAUUUCACUAUCAAGAAACUUUUAAGUGAUUUGACCAUUGAUUAUAUGAAGUACUCCAAGAAACAUUUCAAAGUGGCUUCAGUAAGUGUAUGGACAAGUGAUGUUGAUGAAGCUUUUGGGGGGGAAGUUCAAGAGAAUUCCUCAUUGAGUGCUAUUAGGUUUAAAAACGAAAAGAGUAUUUGGGAGAAUAACAACAAGUUGCCUUGGUUUUAG